AUGGCCAAUGCGAGUGUUCCUGUGCAAUACACCUCAGCAGUCUCACCGCCACCAGUGGUCAGCAGCCAGUUGACCGAGGCAUCUCACGGCUCAUUUACAGGACGGGCGACCACCACCGGUGCUCUGUCAUUGAGCGUACAAGCACAGUCUAUUCCCGCUCUCCCUCCAAGUCCUGCUGAGACGAACGGUUAUCCUAGCGACGGACAAUUGCAUGAGCCUGAGCCUGCCCCGUUUACCCCAGCUGGUGGUGAGGGAACAAAUGGAUCGGAGCCGGUGUACCGAGUGCAAAGUGAUUUUGAUUUCGAAUCAAUUGCUCUCGGUCUCUAUCAGGAGUACAUUGAACUAGACGUUUUCCACAAUGGCUUGGCGAUGUUCUCUGCUGCGGAUUUUCAAGCUGCGGGCUUGACCGCCGAAGACCGCUUCUUGAUCGAGUUCAUGGCUGACCAAGAGGUCGGCCAUGCCACCCUCCUUACCAACAUUCUCGGACCUCAGGCAGCGCCCAAGCAAUGCACUUAUAACUACCCCUUCCAAACGGUGCGCGAGUUUGUCGACUUUAAUCAGAAGUUGACUCGUGUUGGCGAGAGUGGUGUGUACGGCUUCCUCAACCACCUGGACUCUCGUCCUGUCGGCCAGCUGCUCCUUCAAUCUAUCAGUACCGAGGCCCGCCAGCAGAUGAUCUUCCGUCAGUUCGAUGGGCUUUUCCCAAUGCCUGUGUGGUUUGAAGUUGGAAUUCCUCAGAGCUGGGCUUGGACCUUGAUCGCACCAUAUAUCAGUAGCUGUCCACAAAACCAGACCCGUCUGGCUUGGCAGAACUAUCCGGCUCUGCAUGUCAUCAACCAGCCCAACGCCGCUCGCACCAAUGCGAACCAAACCGGCUCCAAUGAAACCCAGGGCUUUUCCAUUGAGGCCCCUCUCAACGACGCAAUUGUUCCUAGUUCCAGCCUUUGUGUCAACGCUACCGGCGUGGGCUCGAAUUGCAAUCCGGCAAUUACGCACAAUCGCUCCAUUCCGUUGUCGUACCCCGGCCGAUUGGUUCAAUUGCAGUGGGACGCCCCCGGGCAGCUCGUCGGCCCGAACAACAGUUAUGUCACUUCGACCAGUGCUGGUGCACCUUCGUGGGUCGCCUGGGUCAACCAAUUGAAUGUGACAUACUCCAAAUUGACGCUCACCGGAAACAAUACCGGCACGACUAUCCAGCCCAAUGUCUCCACGUUCGAGAACAAUCCAAUGAUCAACGGCACUGUUUUCAUCGCUCUCGUGGACACUCCGCUCGCCUUGAGCCCGUUCAACCUCAGCCAGAUCAAUCCUCAUGUUGCGGCUUUGACUUUGUACCAGGCUGGUUAA